AUGGCAAUCAAAAUGAAGGGCAUCUACAAAGGCUUCAAAUGUAUCUCUCAAAUAUUUGCCGGGGAGAAAGAGAGUGAUGAAAUAGAAAUUGGGUAUCCAACAAAUGUAAAACAUGUCUCUCAUAUUGGCUGGGAGGGUUCAUCUAGUAGUGGUCCUGGUUGGAUGAGUGAGUUCAAAGUUGGAGCUGAGGUUUUGUCUCCAAGAGCAUCAUCGUUUAGUAAUGCAAGACCUUCUACUUCUUUUUUCACCUCUUCUUCAACUGAUUUUGAUCAAGGAUCGAGCAAACGAACAAUAUCUGAUACACUAAGAGAUGUACCUCCAGUUACUCCAGUAAAUUUACCCAAACAUAACAACAAGAAAAGUGGUAGAAGAAAGAAGUCAGCUUCAUCAUCAUCAUCUCCAACAUCUUCAAGAUCAUCUAUUUUUUCUAAAUCUUCGUAUAAAUCAACUGUAUCCCAACUAAUUUAA